AUGAGGACGCUACUCGCCAUUCUCGCUGCAGGGUCCCUGGUUGCUCACAUUGCUGAAGAUACUUCCAAUCUUCUUCAACACGUGAAAUUCCAAUCCAGCAACUUCGAGAACAUCCUAACAUGGGAGAGCGGGACAGAGAGCACCCCAGACACGGUGUACAGUGUUGAGUAUAAGAUGUAUGGAGAGAAGAACUGGCUGGCAAAGGAAGGUUGCCAGCGAAUCACCCAGAAAUCUUGCAACCUAACAUUGGAGACGAACAGCAUCAUGGACCUCUACUAUGCCCGGGUCACAGCACUCACCAGAGACAGCCGAUCAGCCACCAAGAUGACUGACCGCUUUUGUCCCCAGCAGCACACUACCCUCAAACCACCUGAUGUGACCUGUAUCCCCAAGGUAAGGUCGAUUCAGAUGAUAGUUCAUCCCACCUUCACACCCAUCCGCUCAGAGGAAGGUCACCAGUUAACCUUACAGGACAUCUUCAAUGACUUGUCCUACAGCUUGGAGCUUCGUAUCAACCACACCUACCAAACGUACCUCGAAGGGAAGCAGAAAGAGUAUGAAUUCUUUGGCCUGACCCCCAAUACAGAGUUCAGUGUGAUCAUCAUAAUUUCAAUUCCGACCUGGUCCAAGGAGAGUGCCCCCUACGUGUGCAGAGUAAAGACACUGCCAGAUCCGACCUGGACCUAUUCCAUCUCAGGUGCCUUCCUCUUCUCUAUGGGCUUCCUGGCCGCAGGGCUCUGCUACCUGGGCUACAGAUACAUCACCAAGCCACCACCACCUCCCAAAUCCCUGGACAUCCAGCAUAUGCUGACCUUCCAGCCCUUGCGGUUCAUCCAGGAGCACGUCCUGAUUUCUGCCUUUGAGGUCAGCGGCCCUGGCAGUCUGACCCAGCCUGUGCAAUAUUCCCAAAUCAUGGUCUCCGGACCCAAGGAAACCCCAGGAGGCCCAACGCUGCACAGCCUAUCUGAGAUUUCCUACCUCGGACAGCACGAUGUUUCUGGCCUACAGCCCCCAACCAUGCCCUCUCCCCGGACAAUGGCCCCCCUUUCCUAUGCCUCCCAGACUGCCACUGAAGUCAGACCCCCAGCAUACACACCUCAGAAAACCCCAGAAGCUAGGCCCCUCAUCUAUGCUCCACAAGCCAAAGCUGAGGUCCAGCCAUCUUCCUGCAGCCCUCCAGCUGCUGCAGCCAGCUGGCCUCCUUUCUAUGGGGUAUUCAUGGAAGGUUCUGGCAAAGACUCCCUGCCUGGGACACCACAUAAUCCCAAGCACCACCAAUCUGAUGAUCACUUCCAAAAAGGGGCUUCUUCUGGACACUGCAGCCUAAGCAGCCUCUCUCUGAAUGGAGUUAACUCUUUGGUCAUGGAGGAGCCCCAAGACACCAGUUCCUUCCACCCCCACCUGGGAAUUUAUACAACCCCAAAUGAACUGCCCAAAGGGGAGCCAGGGCCAUCAGGCUACUUAAAGGACCAACUGCCCCUCCUCUCCUCUCUCCAGAUUGAAGGGCACCCCGGGUCCUUCCCGUUACAAACACCUUCCUUCCAGUGCUCCCCCACAGACCAGGGUCGCCAUCCCUGGGGCUUACUGGAGUCCCUGGUGUGUUCUGAGGACAAGGGUGCGGUGUCCGAGACUAAAGCCAAAAGCCAGGCCCCUGGGACCUCAGAGCCAGAGCCACAGGCAGAGCUGGACACUCUGUUCAAAGGCCUGGCAUUGACUGUGCAGUGGGAGCCAUGA